UCCCUCCACGAAUCACACGAAACCAACCAAAGCCCUAACCACAAAACUCUGCUUCCACUGUGAGAAGAACAACAACAAUGGCAGCAUCCGCCGCGACACGCGUUUCUCUCCUCCUUGGCCUCGCAGUCCUCUCGGCCCUCGCCAGCCCCUCGCAUUCCCUCGAUUGCGCCUCUCAGAAGUUCUCCAACAAGAAGGUCUUCUCCAACUGCUCCGACCUCCCGAAGCUCGGUGCCCGCCUCCACUACACCUACGAUGCCUCUAACUCCUCCCUCUCCAUUGCCUUCACCGCUGCACCAGCCGCCGGCGGUGCGUGGGUGGCUUAUGCCAUCAACCCCACUAGUACAGGCAUGGUUGGGUCCCAGGCCCUCAUGGCUCUUAAGCUCGCCAAUGGCUCCGUCUUUGCCAAGACCUACAACAUCAUGGGCUACCAUUCCAUCGUCGAGUCGAAGCUCUCAUUCGAGGUGUGGGACCUCACUGCCGAGGCCUCCAACGAUGCUAUGACCAUUUUCGCCUCCCUCAAGGUGCCAGAGAAGGCAACCAGCUUGAACCAGGUGUGGCAAGUUGGUGGCGCCGUCAUCGGCAACCGACCAUCGAUCCAUCCUCUGGAGACAGAGAACAGGGCAUCCAUGUCCCAGCUCACACUGGCAGCCUCCAGCAGCCCUGCCCCCGCACCUUCUGGUCACUCCGCAGCUGUCCCGGCAUUCCAAAGGGGCAGUCUCGCUGCUGUUUUAGGGCUCGCUCUGUUGGUCGGGAGCGCCAUCCUGUCAUGAAAGAUUUGAUUUAUAUUAAGUGCCGAGCUGAGAGAAGGGAAUUAUAAUAGGUCGAUGUAUGUAUGUAUGAUCUGUUAUCUUCUUCAAUGUUCUCUGGACAGCUUCCGGACAUACACGGCAGAGGUUCUGUUGCUUUUCUUAUUUUCCAUUGUGAAUGCAAAUGUUAAAGGACAACUUGAGAUAUUUAUUCUUAAUCCCCUUCUUUCUC